UUACCAAUGUGAAUUGACUUGGAGCCGUACUAUUUAAAUCCAGGCCAAAACAGGCCAAGUAGACUGUCGCCACAAACAUUUCUUGUCGUCUUCAAAUCAAAUCCAUCCAAUUUUCAUCCAUGGCUGGAGCAACAAAGAGGUAUGCAGUUGUCACCGGUGCGAACAAGGGGCUCGGUCUUGAGAUAUGUCGGCAGCUGGCGUCUCAGGGCAUCACGGUGGUGCUGACAUCUCGGGACGAAAACAGAGGCCUUCAAGCAGUCGAGAAACUCACUGCGUCUGGCCUUUCCGAUCAUGUCAUUUUUCAUCGACUAGAUGUGGCCGAGGAGGAUUCAGCAACUGCCCUGUCUGAAUUCAUCAAGUCCCAAUUUGGAAAGCUCGAUAUCUUGGUUAACAAUGCAGCAGUAACCGGAUCCGACAUCAAUUGGGAGCUUCUAGACCCGACCAGGGAUCAGGGCGCGACUGGUGCUCUUUCAGCGGGCAAAGUUGAUCAUAUAGAUUGGAGUGGCGUUGCAAAUGCUACCUAUGACUUAGUGGCGCAAGCGAUUCAAACGAACUACUAUGGUACCAUAAAGACUACAAAAGCUCUUCUCCCACUUCUAAGUCUCUCCAACUCCCCAAGAAUCGUAAAUAUAUCCUCUAUAGCGGCGAAGCUUGAGCACAUACCGAGCGAAUGGGCGAAAGGGAUCUUGAGCAACGAGGAAAACUUGACGGAAGAGAGAAUCGACAAAGUUGUGAGUGAGUUUGUUGAAGAUUUCAAAGAAGGGAGAGUUAAAGCCAAAGGUUGGCCUAAUUAUAUGGGUGCAUACAUAGUCUCUAAGGCGGCCAUAAAUGCCUACACAAAGCUUCUUGCUAAGCAAUACCCGACCUUUCGGAUAAACUCCGUGUGCCCGGGUUACAUAAAAACUGAUAUGAACAACCACACAGGGACAGUGCCGGUGAAUGAAGGCGCUGCCGGCCCUGUGAAGCUUGCAUUGCUUCCGGAUGACGGCCCUUCCGGAUGCUUCUUUGUCGACAAGGAUCUCCCUGAGCUCUAAGGCCGUAUACUCUAUGUUGAACUUUUCUUUUGUUUUUUUGUUAUCCCACAUAUUCACACAACACACCACCCAUUCGGGAUCAAAUCUGAAACCUUGUUUUCAAGGUUUGACUAUGUCCAACUUGUUAUAUUUUCACUUGGAUUUUGUUUUUUUGGUAUA